AUGUCAUCUCUUGCUGAAGAAAUAGAAAUGUGCGAUGUUUCCUCGAGAAAAUCAUCGAGUAAGCAGAGUUCAUCUUCGAAACCGCCUCGACCGAUUCCAGCGAAUCGAAGGAUUAGACCAAAGUCGCAGAUUGAUGUAACAUCUGAUGAUAUAUCAGAAAUCACGAAUUCCGAAAGCACGAGUAUAUCGGAUGUACGUUCCUACAGAGACAAAAUAAAAGACAGAUUUAUGACGGUGAAAAACCAAUCGCUAAAGAAGACAACAAAAUUGAAACGGUUCAAAAGCCAUGCGAGCAACAUAUUAAAUUUAAAUAAAAGCAUCGAGUUGAUGAGACGUGAAAAUCUAGAGAUAAAUGAGCGUAUAAAGCAGACGCAAGUUGUGGUUCAGGAAAGCGCAGGAAAUAUUUCCAAAACGGAGAUGUACCAUUUCUUUUGCGAAUCAAUCGAAGAUAAUUUAGAAACGGAUGUUCAAUUAAGCAAUGCAAAUCAAUCCACAGAAGACUUGCUUUCAUCAAGUUUAGUUGAGUUCAAAUCAAGAGCCGAUUUGAAAUUAAACGAGAUUUUUGAAACAGAAAGUAAAAUAUUUUGGAAACCAUCAUCAAGAUAUUGGUUCAACAGCGAAAAUGAAUUAAAGUUUUUGGAAAAUCCUUAUAGCGAAAUAGCGUUUCGCCCAUUUGACUACUCUUCAAUAUCGAAAUUGGAAACUUUCUAUCAUAAAGCAUCACUGAAUCCACCAAUAGAACUGAGCGGUGUCACCAUCUCAACUGAUGCAACUUUGCAAGUGGAUAUACAAAGUCUGAAGUUUAAACAUCAUUCACUUUUCAGUGCUGAACACGUCUUGGAAGAAUUAUUAAUUCGAUUAUAUGACACUCAUCGCGAAUUUGUUGUUAGCAAUAAGAUUGAAAGGCUAGAAAAGAAGCUAAAUGCUUUGAGAUUAACAAAAACUAGCAGGGAAAAUGCAGACAAAAUUAUUGAUGAACAUGAACUGGAAUUUGAGCAACACUUAAUGAAGUAUAAAGAGGAAUUGGCAGAAUGGAAAAAUGAUAAAACUAAAGUACCCAAACCACGAAAACCAAUUAAAGAUAUAGAUGUAGAAUUAAUCCGGGAUGACUUACAAACUGUUUUCCGAGAUUCAAUACGAGUUUCUGGUGAGCCUAAAUUAUCUUUCAACAUUACACACGACAACGAAGUUACCAAAAUUGUUGAGGACAAUCAAGAGACUUCUCGGAGGUGUGCAUUGGAAGCUUUAAAAAUCCAGAUGAGAUUUUUAUGUAAUGAUGUCGAAGUUUGCAAAACGAAGCCCAAGUUGUCGACAGUUCCGGAAUAUUUUUCUAUCGAAUUAUAUGAGACCUCGAAACUAUUCAAAAAGAAAAUUGUUGAUAUCACAGUCACAGCUCCACAUCCAAAUAAAACGAAGAGAGACAAACUGUGCGAAAUGUUGUUUUCGACUAAAGAGGAAGUAGUUCAUAAACAUGCAGGUGUCGGUUGUGGUAAAACAAUUUCUGAAAUGUUUAAAGACACUAAUUUAGAUUUUAACGAUUGUUUGCAAACUAGUGGCUUUUUGAAUUAUUCACUGUCUUGGAACAACCGAUUAAAAAACGACUCAGCGCCGAAUGAAAUUUCUGAAAUAUUGCAUAACGGCGUUCUUGACUAUCAAAAACUGGACGAUUGGACGCAGAAAAGCAACAUUGACCCAGAAGAUCCAAAAACUGCAGUUAUUUUUAAUUAUUUGAAGAUGACCAAGAGUGAACAGGAAAAUAGAGAGCAAACAUAUUUCAGAUGUGAUCCAUUCCUAAGCAGCUUAGAGAUAUGCAAAAGAGAAGAUUUAGAGGACAAUAUUCGCUUCAAGUUAUUGGAAUUGAGGGACAAAGGAGAGCCGGAGUUUUCAGGAAUGAUUGUUCCCAACAGAAUAAAGGAAAUACCUGAAAAUAUAUUCACCAACUACAAAAAGAGAAUAGCAGAAGAAAAUCUCGAAGAAUAUUUGCAAGAAGAUGACUAUGAAAAUGAAAUUAACUCGAGGCGUUCGCAUGGUCGAAAGUAUCUGCAACAAAUGCACAUGAGGAUCUUCCAAAUGUGUAGAAACACAGAUCAUAAUUUAACUUACGAAGACGUAGUAAAUGAACAAGUUUUGCUUUACAUACAGUUGUACGUUAAAACCAUCAUACAUAAUGUUUUAAAUUGGUUUAGAUUCCAGCCAAAUCCUAGUAAAUCUUUACCGAAUCUAAAGCCUUACGAAACAGAGGCUCUAAACAUUAUCGAAAAUGCCGCUCCUCCGAAAGUAAAAAUAAUAUUGUUGAGUGCAAUCAAUAUUCCUACACGUUUCGAUACAACCGAUAAAGCUGAUGCAAAAGAAAUCCAUCCUUACGUUGAGAUCUCAUUCGUUAAUGUUAAAGUAAGGAGUAAAACGAGUGAAGGAAAAGACGCUUCCUGGAAUGAGGAGCUUAAAAUAUCAUUAGAGACCAUAAACACGGAUUAUCUAAAUCCUAAUGCUUUAAUCGGGUCACUAUCAAUCAAAUUAUUCGAUGAUCUCGACGAAUCCACAAAAAUAUAUUUAGGUUGUGUACAAGUUCCCAUCUCUGCAAUAUUUGAAUCAAACAAGAUGGAAGGAUCGUUUUUAGUAAAACUACCUGAAGUUAUAAUUGGGUAUAAAAAAGCACAGGAAGGUAUUAAAAAUGUAAAAAAGACAAACGACUUGCAAUCCUGUGACACUUAUAUAAAUAUGAAAAUUAGCACUGAUCACAAUGUACCGAAAUUAUACCCAGAUAUGAAAUCAUUCUCAACAAAUGAACCUUCAUAUAUAAGGCAACACGUUUUAGAUUGGAACACUAAAUAUAAUGAAACGCAUUUGGAUAGGAAGUUCUCUGCAUUAGUGUUUGACUCAAAUGGAAAAGCCACCUGCAUCACAAGGUUCAUAAAACCGUUGGAGCCUCCACAGAUUAUUGAAGAUGAUUUUGAUAUUACCCUUGACCAGUGUGCAAGGUACAUUUCUCUAAUCCCUGUGACUAAUGCUAACAAAUUCUACCAACAUAUGUGGUUAACAACUGAACAAUUACUGAAAUUAGGAAUUGGAUCACUGAUUGAUCAUGCUGUUGCUUUGAUGUGCUUCUUGCUAAGUCUCAAAUUAGAAGUUUGGCUUAUUCUGGGAUUUGGUAUUCCUCAUGGAUCUACAGCUUACAUUUUAAUUAGAGAAUAUAAUGUGGACUCAGAUGAACCGACACACUUCAUAUAUGACAUAAGUACCUGCAAGAAAUAUAACAUAACAGAUACUUAUUGUCCCCUGCAGAAAGUUUACUGCAUAGUCAAUGAAUCAAAUAUUUGGGGAAAUAUCCAAAGGAAUGAUGACAUUACUAAUAUGAGUUUUGAUUUGAAUAGAAGAUUUGAUUGGAUUCCAUUGUUUAAUCAGCAAGUAACUGCACCCACAUACACUGUACAAAAGAAACUGUUGUAUGUAACAACAUAUGAUGUACAGAAAUUGCAGUAUUCAAUUGAAAAGAAAUUAAGAAAGAAACUUUCCAAGUUGCUUCCCACCAGAAGAAUUGUUUGGAAUCAUUACAUAUCAAACAGUUUAAAACAAACUCUGAGCAAGUUUGAGAAAUAUGCAUUGCAUGGUAAGAAACUGAAAAUGAAGGAUUUGUUCGAGCAGUUGCAAACACACAAGAUGUCUGGCUACAUUUACAAUUAUCCAUUCAGCAAUAUCAACACCAUAGUGAAUGAAAUUAUUGUCGACAAGUUUCAGUUGGACGAAAACGAUGAUAAACUGGAAAUGGCCAGUGCGGUUAUUGUGCAAUCUUACCCAAACCAAGUUCUUAGCAUUUGGUUAAUCUUAUUAACAAUAAAUUCUAUAUAA